GUAUUUCAUUCGCAAGUUGUAUUUCAGUUUUUUAUGCAAAUUCUGACUGCGAAAGUUAAGUCCACCGAGUUUUCUUGAGUUGCAGUUUCAGCGAUUCUUGAAGGCAACAAGCAGGUCAAGAUGCCACAUGGUCUCGUGGCGCAAGCCACCGCUUCGCUUCAUCACGAGUUGUCUGCGGAUCCAGGGCAGAUGGACCAGGAGCCUUAUCACGUCCACCAUAGCGGCGCAUCCACCGUGCAAACGUCGCCGGGCGGAACAACAGCCGCUUGCUCCAGCUGCCAUCACAGAUCGACGAGAAGAUGUACCUCGUUCUUCAGUUCCGGAAGUCCCGCUGACGAUCAUCAGAUAGAAGCUUCAGUUCGACGAGUUAGGAGAAGACAGCUACAGAAUCACAGUGGUCGCACCGCAAGUAGUGCAGCAUCCUCGUCACCCACCGCUUUCUUCGACAUGGACACGCUGAGCAUGCUUUCGAAGAUGCGCAAGCAGAUGGAGCAGAUGGUUAUUGAGGACGAUGUAAACGACCAGUUAGACAACGACAACACGAUGGACAAGGAGGACCUGGCGCUCGGUUUUUUCAAGGCGAUCAUCACCAAGGCGUCUGACACUUCGAAGCAGAUUUUAGAGGAGCAGACGACGGCCGUCACGGACCACUUGAAGGGGUUGAAAAAAGACUUGGAGGAGAAGAAGCUGCAAGAAGCGGAAGAACCCGAGAAACUUGACAUUGGCCGGUCCGCAAUCUCGUUCGAGAACGACGUGAUGAACAGCAAAGCGGGGAAAAUGGGGCAACAGGUCUUGACUUGGUUAAAGGCGAAAGCGAACGACGCGAAGAAGCUCGCGGGCCAAGCGACGGAGACCGACGGAUACGACAAACUGAAACAAGCCGCCGACAUGACGAAGAACACGGUGAUGGACUUUGCGCAGAGCAUUCUUCCGCCCGUAGUUUUCGACGGGGUGAAGAAGAUCCCCGGAGGGACAACGGGUUUACUCGACGACUUGAAAAAACAACUGACGGAAACGAACCACGCAGCCGGGGAAACGGAGGAGGUGAAAAAGGCGAAUCAGGAAAAAACGGAGAAUUUGAAAGCGGAAGUGAAGAAAGCGACGGCGUUGGUAUUGGACAUUGCGGACCGGCAAAUUGAAAAUUUGAACAAAAAAAUGAAAGGCUACAUUUCAGAUACUGAACAGGCGGGGAAAAGGUUUCUGGACGAGUUCAAAAUGGUUACGAUUGAACUAAAGAAGGCGAAGGAGGAGUAUUCGGAACUGUUCUACGAGAUUUUCGGUGGGGAGAAGAAUUCGAAAAAACUCCUCUCCUUCAUCCUGCAGGGCAUUUCCGCCUACGCGGGGUACCGCGCACUGAAAGCCAUUUUGGUGCGGCUGCAGGCGAUCCGGACGAAUCCGAUGAACAUGAUCGAAACGCGGAUGCGACCAUACACGGAGAACGAGAAAACGAAACGGAUGGGACAGUUAUGAACUGCAAAAGUAUCGUAUGUAGUGAGGUCACGAACGUUCUAUCCUAGCGGUUUUUUUGACAUGCAUCACGCAAAACGACCGGCAGUUUUCAAGCGGCCGGAAGUGUUUUUUAACAAAAAAAGUUUUCAAUUAUCAAGCGGCCGGGGCGUUUGCGGCAAAAUAGCCCGGGCGGAUUCUAUCGAUUCCCGCUUGAUAAAACGACGCAGGGGAGCCGGCAAAAGGGGCGCCCUUCUGAGGCGCCCACCGCCUUAGUUUCUGGCGAUUUGCGGCGCCCAAAAAUGGGCGCCCAAAAAGCAGCACUCCGAAAAAAACAGAGAAUCCGCAUGGUAUGGGCCUCAUUUUUUCCCACAUUCGGGCCGCGCAAAAGACGCCUUCAAAAUCCGCCAUUUCAGAGGCGGACUGAAGACCAGAAGAUGCAGCAUUUUGCCAAAAAAAAAACAAAAAAAACAAAGUCCGCCAAAAGCAAAAAGCCAAUCCGCAUGCUAUGGGCCCGAUUUGGGGCUCCCAAGGGGCCGACCCUGGCGUGGGCCCUGGCGGGGCCAUAGCAUGCGGGGAAGGUUCUUCGAUUCGAAACCAAAUGGGGGCCGCCUCUGGAUUGAGAUUUUUAGCGACCGCCGUGCCGUCGUGCAUAACAUUACUCACGAUGGCAUGGUGGGCAGAGAAGUUGCGUCCUUUUUUGGCGUGAAGACAAAAAGACCGCCAUGACCUCACUACCUCCGCGGACGCGGCUAUUAUUGGUACUUGUAUAAAUGCAUUAGCAUUACAAUUACAAAUUUUUUCAGCAUGAGAAGUAGACUUUGUAUAAUGCGGAUUUGCAUUAAGAAAAAGAUUUGUAAUGCAAGACUUGCACUUAUACAAAUACGAUACUUUUGCACAGGAUAACAGUGGGUCAAUAGCUACGCGGACGAGCCGUCGCCGGUGACGUGGGACUCGAGAAAAGGGAUCUACAAGGGCAGUAUCGACACCAUCGUGGGGUGGAGUGUGGACGCGAAAGGGGAAAAGGAGAAAACGGAAGAAAUGGUGCACAACGCGGACUCGGUUCUCCGGGAUCUCGCAAGGGACAAGGACCGGGCGUUUAAGGCAGUCAAGAAAGCGAAAAGGUUGGCGGAAACGGCGAGGCGAUUGCAGCAGUUUGAAAAGGAGCUCGAUUACUCGCAACCCCUGUCGAAGUACUGCGCAUUGAAUUUAACGGACACAACUCCAAGUACUGCGUCUUCAACGUCCCGUGGGGGUCCGCCCCCGGGAAAGCUGGCUUUCUGUCGGCAGGCGACGAAUCUGUUUCCGUUGCCCGGGGGAAGCGUGGAGGGGAGUGUGGGGAAAGCGUUGAUGGAGUUUUGAUCUGGUAAAGCCAAAGAGCUCACAAGAGUGCAUGCGCAGACUUUAUUUUCUCUUGUUUCGGUAGUUUGAUGGUUUUUGUUUUCAAAAACACAUUCACAGCACCACCACCGAAAGAACAAAGUGAACACACUCCAUGAAUAUCCACCUUAUGGUUAUGACAGUCAGGAACGUGUGAUAUGAAAUGAUAAUGAGCAUCAGACGAAAG